AUGGGCCCCAAGAAGAAGCAGAAGGCCAAUUGCCUUCGCUGCCCUUUUGAGGACAACUUCAUCAACAAUCACGGCAUCGACCUGCCAGGUCUCCACCGCUGCCAACACGAAGUCACAGUCGAUAGAGUCGGCUCGCUCGACAACCUCCGGCCCGGCUUCAAGAAAGGCGACGGCACGCACAACUUCUCUGCCGACGAUAAGGAGGCGGCUGUCACCUAUCUGACUGGCAUCAAAGAUGCGGUAGCGGGCGGAACGGGCAAGGACAAGGUGGCUACGACAAAGGCUGAUUUGGAGGCUGCGGCGAAGGUGGCGUUUCCGGUUAAUACACCUGCUGAGCUUGCGCAGGAGGCAAAGAGGGAGGCUGCACUGAAGGCGGCAGUGCAGAAGGCUGAUGAGAGCAAGCUUAUUGAGAUGGGUGCAAGGAUGCUCCUCUCCCCGACGGCUCGUGAAUUUACUUCGCCAACGCCCGAUGUCUCACAGCCUGUUGUCACUGCUGCUGACAAUAACGCCAUCCCGGAUGCAAACACCUCAGAGUUCCGCGCCGACAUGGCCGCUGGUGAGCUUGUGUCUACCCCUCCGGUCACCUCUGCUCAACCACAAGAUGAUACUCCCGCGCCGGCGCCAGCACCAUCUACAACUGCAAUCCUUCCGGACCAGCCUCUGACCACCGACGCAUCCGCACCUCCAAAGGUACUUGCUCCAUUGCGGGACCUGAAAUGGCCUGACCACACCUCCAGCACUUCUCAAUCCUCAAGCUGGGCAACAGUGGACAGCUUCAUCAAGAUGUUCUCGCAGGAUCUUGCCCAGAUUGAGAACAACAAGGAGCAGGCUAGCAGAGGUGUUCCAUCUGACCGCUGUAGACAGCUCACUGGCAGUGAGCUCGAAGAAGCUGGACAGAAGAUGAUCGGCAAAUAUGGACUUCGCACCAGCUUCGUCAAGUCCACUGGAAAGGUGGAAGCCAACUUCCUCUCCAUGAAGUCUCCGAAGCGCAUCUAUGUCUACGACGUGACAAUGUAUCGUCCGGGCUUGCACCAGGGUCAGCGCAGUGUCGUCAAGAAGCAGUGGGAUAUGAUUCAGAUCUUCAACGAGCGACUUCGCCAGACCAAUCCAGACAGCCAAGCGCUGCGUGCGAAUGUCGCGUACUGGGUCACGGAUGGCUCCAUGAUCUGGUCCACUCGUCCCAUCUUCAAUGAGUCCGAGACUGAACCAUUCGCCUACCAACAUGGGCCAUUGCCAUCGCCUCAGCUCACUUAUCGCAACGAAUGCGGCCGGGCUCUCACUAUCGAGACUGUCAACUUCAAAUACCGUCAAGCGAUCGACCUCUCGAAACCGAUGCAUGAGAUCUUCUUCGACCACACCUCGAUCAGGUUCAGGGACAGUGAGCCGAACAUCCUGGUGAAAGGUCUCAAUGCCUUCUUCUCCAGGAACGUUCGUCAUCAGCUAAGGCAUCCUUCCAUGCCACAGGCGAACGACUUCAUUUGUGUUGGCGCCAACGAGUCCUACCCCGGAGGCACUGGCCCAAAAGCCAGCCAACCGCUGGACAACAGACAGAUGAUAUGCGCCAAGCAUGGAUUCUCACUGUCAAUUCGUCCUGGUGUGCAGAGUAUGUAUGUCAAUCUCAGCAAUGCUACCACGCCGUUCUUCGAAGAGGCCAUUACUGUUCAAGCCUUCUAUGACGCCGGAGUCAGAGCCGGGUCCACAGCUGGUGAAUUGAGGAACUGUCUGAAGGGUCUGAAGGUCAAGAUCACGCACACCGUCAAUCAGGCUCAGGUAUUCCCGGCCAAUCGUCCUGAGCUCAUGAUAAGGUUCAUCAAAGAGGUGUCGGUUCCAGUGCACCAGGAGAAGCGUAUCAGUCCUACCUGGCAUCCAGUCACCAACGUUGGUGCAUGGUACGACCGGAACUCAGUACACCGACAGCACGCAGAGUUCCCAAAUCCUCACUUGGUGUUGACCAAGGAUGAUUAUGCAGUCAACGUCGGCAAGGAUGCCAGAGAUCAUCCAGCUGAGACUGAAUGGUACCCUGCGAAGGGUCUGGAGAUCGUGGCAUGGCAACCAUUCCGCGGUCGUAUCUCGCCCAGGCAGACCGAGCAGAUGAUCAAAGUCGCACAAGUCUUGCCUGAUGCGCACAAAAAGAAGCUGAUCGGGAACUUCCCCGAUGACCCAGCCAGCGCCCUUGCUCACUUUGCUUUCAACUCACACACGGCGCCUGCUCAAGCUGGUCUUCAGGAUGCUGAUAUGUCAGCUGGCCAGCAGUUCAUUGACAUGCCAGCUCGCUGGAUUGAAAGGAUCUGGUUGUCCUACAACCAGUUCAAAUUCCUGCCUCCGCAACAACAGACCCAACAAGGUCCACAGCGUGGUCCGCCUCGCCCUCGUCAACCGCCACGUCCUGGCGAGUUGAAGCACCUCUACAUCAUCAAUGUUGGCCGCUUCCCCGCCAAUGCUCCGCCUCGUCUGUUGUUUGAGCAGCUUCACGGGCAUGGUCUCAUGGGCCAGCCCAGCAAUAACCCAGCAGACGACUUCACGUAUCGUCACUGCCGCAACAACGACUUCAUGUGGGAUGACAGCAACGGAUGGGAACUCCAGUUUGCCGAAGAUUUGCACAAUUUUGUCGGCAACAAGAAGGAAGCCACGAAGAAGGAUCCGAUCGUAGUUGUGAUCUUGGAUAGGAAGGAUCAAGAUGUGUACGCACAUGUGAAGCGGGUCGCAGAUCUUGAGCUGGGCAUUCCCACCACUUGUGUUGUGAAUCAGACCUGGAAUCGUGGUGGUGCACAGCUGUGGUCCAACAUCGCGAUGAAGAUCAAUCUCAGGCUGAAAGGUGUCAACCAUGCUCCUGCUGGGGACGCACUUGACGACCUCAAGAAUCCAGCCAAGCAAGCCAACACCAUUGUGCUUGGAGCAGAUGUCACUCAUCCCGGCAACGGCAGCACUGCAGGCACUCCAUCAAUCGCUGCUGUCGUCGGCAGUGUUGACGAUCGAUUCUGCGUCUAUCCAGGAUCUGUUCGCCUUCAGCGGAGCAAGAAGGAGGACAUCGUGGACCUUGUCGUUAUGGUGAAGGAGCGCUUGCGAGCCCAAGCGAGCAAGCAUGGCAAUCAGCUUCCGAGGAAUGUUCUGUUCUACCGCGACGGUGUCAGUGAGUCUCAAUACGACAUUCUCCGUCGUCGUGAGAUGCCACAGGUUCAGCUCGCGAUGAACACGGCGCAAAGGGAGCUGAACGGCCUUGGCCCUGACCCUAAGCAGCCAGGCCUUGCCUCACCAUCCGCUGACAACGGACCUGCUCCAAAGACUCUCAGUGAAGCUGAGAGGGAUACCAAGGCCCGGAAGCAGAAGCGGGCGGAAGAGGAUGCUGCAGCGUUGGUUGAGAACUAUGUGAACAACGUGCCGUUCAAGAUGACUUUUGUUGUGGUUGGGAAGCGGCACAACACUCGCUUCUACCCUGUGCAGAACGGAAUGACUGGUAAGGGCGGCAACGUGCCUACUGGUCUUGUGGUCGACCAAGUCAUCACCCACCCCUUCCACAUGGACUUCUACCUGCAGUCUCACGAGCCCAUCAUUGGGACAGGUCGUUCAGCUCACUACUUCCCUCUGCGCAACGAUAUGGGUUUAUCAGCAGAGAAGCUCCAGAACAUCACCAACACCUUCUGCUAUGUCUACGCCAAAGCCACCAGAGGCGUCUCGUACUGUGCUCCCGCCUACUACGCCGACCGUCUUUGCGAUCGUGCCAGAGCGUACCUUCGCCACAAGCUGCUCGGCAGACCCGAGUGGCCGUAUCCCAGCCGUACAUAUCUCGACCGCGCCAACGAGACCUGGACCAACUUCCUGGAUCGCAUCAAGACCUACACUGACACUGACACGAUGCACUGGAACAUGCAUCAUCUCACUCGCCCCAAUCCGUGGCAUGCGAACUUUGACGACACCAUGUUCUACCUCUGA